UAUAUAAGAAUCCUUGAUUAAUUGUUUAUACCAUGGCUACCAACAUUCUCUAUUCUUUUACUCAGUUGACUUCCUGUGUCUACUUUGUCGAUCACCAGUGGGUAAAUUCAGCCAUUUGAUUUCUUUAUGUAGCUGGCAGCAAUAUAACAUUUUAACAUUUGACUUUAUUGGGGAGGGGUCGUUUGGGAAUUUUUUUGUUUUUUGUUUUUGGUUUUGCAGCCUUAAAUGGGUGUUUAAUAGUAGUGCCAUCUAUUCAUUCAAUAAACAUUUCUUAAGUCCUUACUGGGUACUUAGUGCUGAUUACUAAACUAAGUUGAGAAUAAAAAUGAAAUAAGACAAGCAGGCCCUGCCACCAAGUACUUCACAGGCUGGCAAGUGAGACAGAUACCACUAAUUUCAAGUUUCCCAAUUCUGACCCAGUUUUUCAGCAGAUGAUCUGCUUCCUCGUUCAUGGGGAAAAUGGAAGCAUGAAUUUCCUCAAACUUCCCUGUUCUAUCCCUACAUCUAUGUAUUCACCAGUUUCUUAGGAGAAAAUAUUUCUUCAGUGCAAGGCCACUCCUGCCACUUACGCUCAUUUUCUUCGAUUUCUUUUUGUUCUUUGUUUUGAUAUUUCUCCCUUUUGUCUUCAGUCUGGUUCUCUUUUGUAAGCUGUAAGUAUGUUAAAAUCCCUUUCUUCCAUUUUGAAAAAAUUUCUGCUUCCUCUUCAAGCUGCUGAUCUAGUUUCCAUUUCCAAAGUGAAAAUAGUUGACACUCAAUUUUUCUCUUUUACUCAUUCCUCAGGCCACUUUGUUCAGCACCCAUCAUUUACCAAAUUGUUUCUUAACAUCAGCCACUUGGUUGCCAGCUCCAGUGGUCUUUAAGUCCAUAGCCUCAGCUCUCUCUGCAACAAUGUGCAUCUUAGAGCUUUCUUCCAUAGAGUGUGGAACUGAUACUCUCCUGGUUCUCCUUUAGCCUUGCUGACUAUUCUUUUUAGUCUCCUUCGUAGCCAUUUCUUUCUCUGUCCCUUAAAUGUUGAUUCCCUGUCUUGUGUCCUUUCCAUACUUUACUUUUCACCCCCUUAAACAAGUCAUGUCUACUCUUUAGUUAUUAAAUACAUGUUAGUGACUCCCAGAUAUUAAGCCCUAAAUUCUCUCUCAACCUGACAGCCUGCUUACUAGAUGAGAUAACUCAAACUCAUCAUGUAAAAAGGGGAAAUAACCCUUGUGUUCCCCAUCUCACUUAACAGUAUUACUACUUCUUGAGCAUUUAUUCUUUUUAUUUUUAUUAUUAUUAUUUUUUUAAUGCCUACAGCACCAGUAUUCCUAGGUAGUCUCCCAUUCAAGUACUAACCAGGCCCGACCCUGCUUAGCUUCCAAGAUCAGACGAGUUCAGGCACAUUCAGGGUGGCAUGGCCAUAGAGUUGAGCAUUUAUUUUUGAUGCCUCAGAAUCAUCUUUUAAUUCUCCCUUUCAUCUCCCAACAUUUAUUUGAUUACCAAUCCUAUUAAUAUUACCAAUACAAUGUAUCUCAAUUUUUUUCCUUUCUUAUUUUUAUUUCCACUUUCCUAGUGCUCACCUUGGCUACUGCUUAGGUAUUGUAACUGAUAUCCUUGCUUCUAGUCUCAUUGAGCUCCAGUUCUUUUACUUCUUUUGAAUAUGUUUACCUUUGGGACACAUACUUUCACAGAAAGAAUUUCUCUGUGAAACCCUCUGGGUACCUUUUUUCCCUUCUCUUUUAUGCCCUGGACAGAAUUAGCUUGUUUGAUCUUUCUGCUUAUAUAGCUGCUUGUUCAUACCCGUGGUCUGAUACAUAAUUUUCUGAUUGCUUGUUGAUUUAUCUUCCUGCCUUUCUAGACUGAGUUCCUGGAGGGCAGGAAUCACGUAUCCUUGUAGACCCAGCACAAGGAUAAAUAAAAUACCUUUUAUGACUGGGACCUCUAAUUUUUUUGAGUUGAAUGAAUAAACGAUGCACUUUAGCCUUGUGGCUAGUGGGGUCAAAGGUUGAUUACUGGGCCACUGCAGAUCUAAUUGGGAUUCAGACGAAGUUCUUUGUGUAUGUGGAACCAGGAAGACUUUAUUCCUAUGAGGAAGUCCUUUCUCAGGACCUUCCUAAUCCCUUAGCUCUCAGAGUUUUACCCCUUCCAUCGCCAUCUCAACUCUAAACUCUGCCCAGAGCAGGUGUACUUUCAGUAAACCUGGCUGGAAUGUUUCUAUCUUUGAGAGGAGUAAUUAUCCAAGCCUUUGGGUGAGGAGAUUCUGCCUUCCUGCCUGAUCCUUACCUUGCUUCCCUCUAGAGGAGAUAUAGUCCUGAAACACUCCAGAUACAAGAAGUUAUUUGACCUUUAACUCCCCCAUCCACCCACCCAUUUAUGUGAUCUGGAGCUGGUAAGGAUGAUAGCUAUAGCUAAGUACAUUCCAGUCAUCUCACGAACAGAGUCCUGCAGACUCCCAGAAGCACCUAUGGAGGGAUGAGCAGCUGUCUAUCUGCCUCUAGCCUUCAUCCUUCCUCCAGCUUUGGCCUCACAAACUACUGGAGCUUUUACUGUCUUCUUUCAUUCAGGCUCCCUAGGAGAAAGGCUCCAGAAUCAAUCAAUACUCAGACUUUCAUCCCUGUUCUAAGACCAUUCCCAGAAAGAAUUUCCAGGCAGCCACCAGAGGGACAGAAGGCUCUGAAAACAGGAUGCUAGUCCCCUCUGAUUCUAAUUUUCAUGGGAACCAGCUGUUCACAGGUGCAGAAAUGAUGAUCUAUAACUGUAGUUUCUGAGUCCAGUGGUGUUGGAAUCCUGUCCCUCUGUUGCAGCACAAACUAUAGACCUCUCUAUCUCCAUGCAGACAUUCCCUCUACACACCUUGUGCCCUUCCUUCACAUUUUACAGUCCCUGCAGCUUAAUAGAUAUAGGAGGUGUACUAUAGAUGAUCAGAAGAGGCUCUUGCUGCCCCCUCACUAAACACCCGAGUUUCUCCUAUGUCUGCUGACCUCUGGUGGUGAUAGUUUGAACUGUACUUUCCCUUUCCAGUUAAUGGCCUGCUAGCAGGUAAUGUGCCUAUUUUCUCAACAAUCCAAAUCAAAUAUUCAAAUACUGUAUUUAGUGGAAAUUUUUAUUGCUGCAUUUGUAUUUGUUUUCAGGCAUCAUGGCAUAAUGCAAAGAACAGAGCUUUGGAGUCAGACUUACCUAAGUUCAAAUCACCUUGGGCUAGAUACCUAAGCUCAGCUUUCUUACUCAUAAGGUGAAGAUAAUAAAUAGUUUAGUGGGAGAAUUAGAUGAGAUGAUUGUAAAAUGCAUAGCCCUAGCUGUGCUGUAGCACAUAGGUGCUCAAUAAAAGUUUAUUACAUUCUCAAUAAUGGUGAUUUGUUCAGUGCGUGACUCAAAGUGAUUUUUUAAAUUUUGGUAACAAAAUUUACCAUUAUACCAUUUUUAAUAUGUUUUUUUCAAACUCUGAGAAAUUUUAUAUAACUACUGUCUAAUGUUUGAGUUUGGAAAAUGAGGUCAAACGUAGUAUGGGCUGUGAAACCUUUCUGCCCGGGGAGCUGUGGAUCUGAGCCCUGAAAAUAGGGGUUAGAAGGGAUCUUGGACAUAGCUGACUGGCACUGAGCACUUCACCUCACUGUGGUUUCCUGGCUAUAGGAUCCAGUACUUUCUUUCAGGGUCAGCAAAGGGCAGAGGUUUGAAGUUAAGCAUCACUCGGUUCUCAGCUGGGCCUCCAAGGCCUCCUCCUCCCACUUUGCAGAGAAACGAGGAGGUGGCUGAAGAGAGGAGGAUAUGAGAUUGGUUCUCCACUCCUCCCUCUCUCUCCCUGCUUUUCCCCACAACCAUCCUCUCCCCCACAGCAGCCGUCUCCCCCACAGAGACUGGGAAGAGGGAGGGGGGCGGAGUUGGGGACUGAGGGAUCAGAAGCCCCACAGUGCCCUGUAUCUGAGGGAAGCUCUGGGCAGGGGCAGCUGUGCUGGCUCAUGCUCCCCUCCUGUUGCUGCCUCCUUCGAAAUGAUGCUGGGUACUCUGGGACUUUGGGCACUGCUUCCUGCAGCUGUGCAAGGUAAGUGUCUUUCCAUUCACCCAUUGAAAGAAAGGGGCACUUGAAGCACCAGCCACCCCUUUAGAAGAGUGGCGAGUGGGGUGGGUGAGUGAGAGUGAAGGGUAGAGGCAUGUCCCCUUGGUGGGGGUCCGGUUCCAAAACUCUGCUGACCCUGUUCCCUCCUAUGGCUUUACCAUGCUGGCCCUGGGAUAUGAAACAUGCUUUGUCUCUCCUUUUGGCUGCUGCUUUUGCCCCUGUAUUCACUCCCAUCUUGACCCUUCCCCUUUCUCCACCGUGGGCCACAGCACCCCCAAGCAGGCGGACCUGUGUGUUUUUUGAGGCCCCCGGAGUGCGGGGGAGCACACAAACACUGGGGCAGCUGCUAGAUGCAGGACCAGGGCCCCCCAGGGCUAUCCGCUGCCUCUACAGCCGCUGCUGCUUUGGGAUCUGGAACCUGACCCAAGACCUGGCACAGGUGGAGAUGCAAGGAUGCCGAGACAGUGAUGAGCCAGGCUGUGAGUCGCCCCACUGUGACCCGAGCCCCAGAGCCCAGCCCAGCCCAGGCUCCACUCUCUUCACCUGUUCUUGUGGCACUGACUUCUGCAAUGCUAAUUACAGCCAUCUGCCUCCUCUGGGCAGCCCUGGGACUCCUGGCUUCCAGGGUCCCCCGGCCACCCCAGGCGAAUCUAUUUGGAUGGCGCUGGUGCUACUGGGGCUGUUCCUCCUCCUCCUGCUGCUGGGCAGCAUCAUCUUGGCCCUGCUACAGCGAAAGGUCUGCAGAGUGCAAGGUGUGCCAGAGCCAGAGCCAGAGCCAGAGCCAGACUCAGACUCAGGCAGGGACUGGAGUGUGGAGCUGCCUCAGCUGCCUGACCUGUGCUUCUCCCAGGUAAUACGGGAAGGAAGUCACGCAGUUGUGUGGGCUGGGCAGCUGCAAGGCAAGCUGGUAGCCAUCAAGGCCUUCCCCCUGAGGGCUGCGGCCCAGUUCCGAGCUGAGAGAGCAUUGUAUGAGCUGCCAGGCCUACGGCAUGACUACAUUGUCCGCUUUAUCACGGCCAGCAGGGGGGGCCCUGACCCCCUGCCUUGUGGGCCCCUGCUGGUGUUGGAGCUGCACCCCAAGGGUUCCCUGUGCCACUACUUGACCCAGCACACCAGUGACUGGGGAAGUUCCCUGAGGAUGGCACUUUCCCUGGCGCAGGGCCUGGCAUUUCUCCAUGAGGAGCGCUGGCAGGAUGGCCAGUAUAAACCAGGUAUUGCCCACCGAGAUCUGAGCAGCCAGAAUGUGCUCAUUCGGGAGGAUGGGUCAUGUGCUAUUGGAGACCUGGGCCUUGCUUUGGUACUCCCUGGCCUCACUCAGGCCCCCACCUGGGCCCCUACUCAACCCCGAGGCCCAGCUGCCAUCAUGGAGGCUGGUACCCAGAGGUACAUGGCGCCAGAGCUCUUGGACAAGACCCUGGACCUACAGAACUGGGGUAUGGCCCUCCGGCGAGCUGAUGUUUAUUCUCUGGCUCUGCUCCUAUGGGAGAUCCUGAGCCGCUGCCAAGAUUUGCGGCCUGACAGCAGGCCACCACCCUUUCAACUGGCCUACGAGGCAGAACUGGGCAGCACCCCUACCACCUGUGAACUGUGGACCUUGGCAGUAGAAGAGAGAAGGCGUCCCUACAUCCCACCCACCUGGCACUGCUUCGCCACAGACCCUGCUGGCCUGAGAGAACUCCUAGAGGACUGUUGGGAUGCAGACCCAGAAGCACGGCUGACAGCUGAGUGUGUACAGCAGCGCCUGGCUACCCUGGCCCAUCCUCAGGAGGCCCUCUCUUUCCCAGAGGGCUAUUCACAUAGCUGCCCACCUCUCUGCCCAGAAGACUGUCUCUCAGCUCCUCCCCAUACCAUUCUCCCUUGUAGGCCUCAGCUGAGAAUCUGCCACUUCAGCGUUCAUCAAAGCCCUUGUUCCAGGAAUUCUUAACCUGCUGGUACCAUUUCUCAUGUGUAAAUAUGCAGUUUAUGUGUAAUCUAUGUAUGUGCAAACAUAAAUAUGGUGAUCAUAUGCCUGUCCGCUCUGCCCCAUCACUGCCUUUCCUAUUUGCCAAAUGCAUGUAUGCUUCUGUGGGCAUCCAGUCCACUGUAAUUAUGACCAGUGACUGAGGGUAGGUGUGUACAAGAAAGAGAUAGUCAGCUUUCCUGACUCUGCAUCCUUGAGUCUUCCUUCAUUCCUGUGAUCCUGGGCUCCUCUGUCUCUCUUCUUUUCCUUUUCCUCCACAAGUCUUUAUUUGGUGUGAUGUCAUGCAGGGCACUUGGGAAAGAAGGUUGAAUACGAUGAAAUUGCUGCUCUGAAGAUGUUCAGAGACCCACAACUCACUUUGUCCUGUACAGAAGGGGGCUCCAACCCCCAGGCCUCAGACCUUACCAUCUGUGGCCUGUUAGGAACCUGGCCACAUAGC